AGAUAAUCAUGAGUAAAUAAAUUCCAAAUGUAAUGCUUAAAAAUAUCUUCCCCCUUUCACACUAGAAUUAAUGGAAGCAACAGCGAGCAUGCCAUCCAGUCUUCCCCUCCUCCCACCAGGAUUCCGGUUUCAUCCUACAGAUGAGGAGCUCAUCAUCCAUUACCUUAAGCAGAAAGUCUCCUCCUUAAAUCCCCUUGUUUCGAUCAUUGCUGAUGUUAAUAUCUACAAGUUCAAUCCAUGGGAGCUUCCUGAGAAGGCCAAUUUUGGGGACACAGAGUGGUUUUUCUUUAGUCCAAGAGACCGGAAGUAUCCCAAAGGAGGGCGUCCAAACAGGGCAGCUGCCUCUGGUUACUGGAAAGCCACCGGAACUGAUAAACCAAUCCUCUCCUCCACUGGAACACAGUGUCUUGGGGUGAAGAAAGCCCUUGUGUUCUACAAGGGUAGGCCUCCAAAAGGUGAAAAAACCAAUUGGAUGAUGAUGGAAUACCGGCUUCUUGAUGAUUCCCUUCAGUCUCCUAGGCUUAGGGGAUCCAUGAGAUUGGAUGAUUGGGUUUUAUGCCGAGUUUGUCAGAGACUGAAUCAGAUUGCCCAACAGACAGGAGGAGGAAUCUAUGACAGCAGUUGCAGCAACUCCCCUUCAUCAAUCUACCAAAGCAGUUUAGAAAAUUCUCCUGCAUCUACCAUUCUGGGGUCCUUACAGGGUCAAGAGGUACCGGAUAACAAUAUCCUGAAGUUCUAUGAAUAUGAGCUGCAGCAUUCCAUGAUGGCUCCCCUGGAAAGUGAAGAUGAACAAGGGCUAGGAGAAAUUUUCCAGGAAUGCUCUCCAGAGUACCCCGAUUCAGCUAUGGCGAGUUCAUCUAAUUCUGUCAAAAACGUGCUGAAAUCCAUUGAAAGGGCACUUUCAGUUGGAAGUCUGGACGAUUUGGUCCAUCCCAAGAAGAGAUUGAAUGCAACUGCAACAAGUAACAGAGACAACAUGUGCAAUGGUUUCGAGAUUCCACCGAACACUCCAACAACAAACAUGCCGUGUUUCUCUUUGAGUUGAUACAGACAGAAUUGCAUUGGCAUUUUAAGGUUUCAUGUAAUAUCAAAUGACAAAAUAAUGAUUGAACUCAUCAACCAAAACAUGAAUUUUCAUGGACAAAGAGAAUAAAAGAUUUCGUUAGCU